AUGGCAACAUGUUAUGAUUUACACCUGGGCGCAAUCAACAUCAACUACUCUGACUUACCAUGUGAAGACGUGAGCCAAGUCGGCCACAACGUGACAUGUUGUGUACGAGGCUCUGUUUGUAUGAGCAAUGGCAUCUGCCAGAAUGCCGACAAGAAUGGGUAUUACAGCGCAGACUGUACUGAUCCAACACUGCAGGAUCCUAAAUGUCAAAAUCGCUGUGGAGGUCUCGCUGGCUCACAAAUUACGUAUAACAAAACGAGCGGUCUUUGGGCCUGCUGCUCUUACAAUGGUGGAAAAUCCAACUGUUCUGAACCGACUGAUCAGCUUUUCCCUGCACCUGGCCCAUCCAGUCUUAAAAGCCUUCAAUAUCUCCCCACAGCCGGAUCCGCUACAUAUUCUACCUUGGCGACAUCAACAUCUACCUCAAGCAGCACUGCGCUAUCUUCUUGUUCAUCCUCAUCCUCGAACAUCGGCUCCGGAGCCGCCGCUGGAAUCGGCGUGGGUGCUGGCGUGGGAGUGAUUGUUAUCGCUACCGCAGUUGCAUUUUUGAUUUCCAAACGGAGGCGGAAUACACAGACAGAUGAUAUACAGCGAGAUGUUGUGUUUCCAGCUAGUAGCAAGUCAGACCCAAGGAACAAGCUGCGCGAGUUAGAUGAUAAACCGUUGGUGCGUGAGCUACAUGGCGAAGGCUCCCUGCCUGAAUUACCCUCCAACCAUUAA